UGCAAAUGGUGAAAUAAAGUUGUUUUUAAACCUGCUCUACGGUGGGAAACUCCACUUCACUUGACUGGGACUCAAAAUGUCACCAAGGAGCGGCUGUAGCCUGGUUCUGCUCGUCGUGUUCGGUCUUUUUGUAACUGCUUAUUGUAAAUUUCCAACCCUAGACCACAUCAAAGCAAAAGCCAGCGACAAGGCACAGGGGAGAGCAGUGGUGGAGCUGCUCAAACGCCUGCUCGGGAACAGAUCUACGGAGUUCAUAGUGUCAGUCAACAGGAGCUUUGCCAACGACAGCCUGGAUGUGUGUGAGCUCAGGUCCACUAAAAACAAUAAGAUAGUCGCUACAGGCAGCACCGGAGUGGCUGUGGCUUCUGGCAUCUAUAACUACUUGAAAUAUUUCUGCAACUGCCAUGUUUCCUGGUCUGGUGACCAGCUGGAUCUGCCUCGUCCUCUUCCAAAGCUCACCGGCGUCCUGCGCAUCAAUACCCAGCAUAGAUUCCGGUAUUACCAGAACGUCUGCACUUUUAGCUAUUCCUCUGUGUGGUGGGACUGGCCAAGAUGGGAGAGAGAGAUCGACUGGAUGGCACUCAAUGGAAUCAAUCUGCCGCUGGCUUUCACCGGCCAAGAAGCCCUGUGGCAAGAGGUUUACCGAGCUCUUGGGUUAAACCAGUCAGAGAUUGAAGAGUUCUUCUCUGGCCCGGCCUUUCUUGCCUGGAACCGUAUGGGAAACAUUUUCAAGUUCGGUGGGCCCCUGCCACAGUCCUGGCAUGUGAACCAGCUCUACCUCCAAUUUAAAAUCUUGGAGCGAAUGAGAUCCUUUGGCAUGAUUCCUGUGCUGCCAGCCUUUUCUGGGAACAUUCCCAAAGGAAUCCUCAGGUUGUAUCCAGGAGCCAAUGUAACCAGACUAGGGCCCUGGUCUCACUUCAACUGCAGCUUCUCAUGCUCCUAUGUCUUAGACCCUCGUGACCCACUUUUCCUUCAGAUUGGUUCCCUCUAUCUGGCCCAGGUGGUGAAGCAGUUUGGUACAGAUCACAUCUACAACACUGACGCCUUCAAUGAGAUGACCCCACCUUCCUCUGACCCCACCUACCUGUCUGCAGUCAGUCGCUCUGUCUUCGCCUCAAUGACCGCAGUUGACCCUCAGGCAAUUUGGCUGAUGCAAGGCUGGCUAUUCUUCAGUGACGCAGUGUUCUGGAAGCCUGCCCAGAUUCAGGCGCUACUACAUGGAGUGCCCGCCGGAAGAAUGAUCGUGCUGGACCUGUUUGCAGAGACCGAGCCAAUUUUCUCCUACACAGAGUCGUUCUAUGGACAGCCCUUCAUCUGGUGCAUGCUGCACAACUUUGGGGGCAACAGUGGAUUCUUUGGCACGGUGGAGAGCAUCAAUUCAGGGCCUUUUAAAGCCUUACAUUUCCCAAACUCCACCAUGGUGGGCAUAGGCAUAACACCUGAGGGCAUUGAGCAGAAUCCUGUAAUGUACGAGUUGAUGAGCGAGCUGGCUUGGCGCAAGGAGCCGGUCAACUUGUCCAAAUGGGCAUCACUAUAUGCAGUACGCCGCUAUGGCAGCACACGAGAGAAUCUGACUGCUGCAUGGAGGCUCCUGUUCGCAAGCAUCUACAACUGCACUGUGCCACAUUACCGGAACCACAACCACAGCCCAUUGGUGCGUCGGCCUUCCUUUCACAUGAAUACUGACCUUUGGUAUGACCCGGCUGAUUUGUACAAAGCCUGGAAACUGAUUAUUGAGGCAGCUCCAUCUCUCAUGUCCAAGGAGACCUAUAGGUAUGAUCUAGUGGAUGUGACUCGGCAGGUCCUACAAGUCCUGACAACUUCCUUUUACCAGGAUAUUGCAGAUGCCUACAAGAAUCAAAAGCUGCCAGAGCUGCUGACUGCAGGCGGAGUGCUGGUCUAUGACCUCUUGCCUGAGCUCAAUCGUUUGCUGAGUAGCGAUCCCCACUUCCUGUUGGGGACAUGGCUGGAGCAGGCCCGAUCCUUAGCCAUAGAUGAGAAGGAGGCACAGCUCUAUGACAUGAACGCCCGAAACCAGCUCACUCUAUGGGGUCCCAGUGGUGAGAUCCUGGACUAUGCCAGCAAAGAGUGGGGAGGCCUCAUGGAGGACUACUACGCCCAGCGAUGGGGCCUUUUCGUUCACACCCUGGUAGAGUGUCUUGACAGCGGACGACCAUUCAAGCAAGACACCUUCAAUCAGGCAGUUUUCCAGAUAGAAAAGGGAUUCAUUUACAACGGCCGAAGAUACCCGACCAAGCCUCAGGGAGACACAUACGAGAUUGCCCGCAGGAUCUUCCUCAAGUACUACCCACAGGCCAUGAAAAGACUAUAGUGAGCAGAGCCUACAUUUUGGAAAAACUUGUCUCAAGUUGCAGCAAGAAGAAUGUCUUUCUCCACCUCCAGUUUUCAUGGCUAUCCCAAAACAUUUUGAUGUAGAAAGUCUAACAGCCUGGAUUUACAGGUACUGUUUUGCACACGUUUUAAAGGCAGUAAUGGAUAGUUGUGCAUGUUGUAGGGAAAAUAAAGAUUUUCACUUUACAUUCACACUGAAUAAAUAUCCAAUCAUGCCUUAUGAAAGAGGAUGAGUAGAAAAUGACAGCAAGCGAAUGACUUCCAUGUGACUAUGUUAAGGUGUUGAUUUGGUGUGGAAUUUCAUGUGUGCACCCCCUUGUUAUUAUUUUUAUUUCUGCUGCUCUUAAAGAAACAGUUCAACAUUUUCAGAAAUAUGCAUAUUCACUUUCCCAGAGUAAGAUGAAAAGAUGGAUUUGGAUGUCAUGUCUGUGUGUUAAAUGUGGAGCUUGAGUCAGGGUAUGGUUAGCCUAGCUCAGCAUAAAGUCUGGAAGUAGGGGAAAAUGGUGAGCCAGGUUCUGCCCAAAGUAAAAAAUAAGACUAAAACUGUGUUUUUUUUUACAGUGUAUAUUGUUUGUUUUACCUGUGCACUAAGAGAAAUGUAAAAAUGAAAUUUAGUGGUUUUAGGCAGUUACGUAGUGGAACUAUUUCUUGAGGAACAACAGUUUAUCCAUUCACCUCAUACUUCUGUGCUGUAUCUCUUGCUAUAGACUGAAUCACAGUGUUUGUUUGAAAUGUUUUCUGAGUAGAAAAGCCCCACGUCACAUGCAUAAAAUGAAAUGGUGCUGAGCAAAUGUCGCUUCAGUUGGUUCGUUUUUAGCCACCUAGAAAAAAAGAUCAAUAUCAGUUUAAGUGUUUGCUAUAUUUAGAAUGUUUUCAUCCCCAAUACUUUGCCAUCAGACAGCCCUAUCUGACGUGGAACUCUAAGCCACCAGAUUGACAAAAACACUAAUUUUACUUUGCAGAACACUGCAGUUGCUGGUUUACCACUGCCUCCAUCUGUUAGUGUGUAAGGUAAAGUGAAGAAAAUAUUCCAAAUACAGCAUACACUUAAACGAAUUCAGAUUUUUUGUAGGUGGCUAAAAUACCUAAGUGCUAAUAUCGUAGGCAACUGGACUUGCUUGCGUUUCUUGAAGAUGUUUCGCCUCUCAUCCAAGAAGCUUCUUCAGUUCUAAAUGACUGGUACGAAGUUGCAGGCUAUAAACCCUGUAUGGGUGGGAACCCUUGCAGAGUCGUAGGGGUCACGUGAGCUCUUAUUUUCAGAGUCGUUAAGGUCACAGUGUGAGUUGUUGACCCACCUGGCCACCAUGUGAGUCAUUAAGGUCAGGUGGGACCAGGGGUGAAUGGGUAUGAAGUCGUCUGGGGAGGGAUCCCAAGACUGCAUUGUAGGUGGGGGAUAAGAAGUGUCGUAAGCCACCCACUCUGUUUAAUGAUGGUCAUUCCAGGUUGACGUGGCUAAAAUACAUUUUGCUGCAGCCCCUGUCCACAGCUGUACAUUGCAUAGCUUUCAUGCUGGCAGAUUUUGUUUAUCAAAGGUGAUGGCAUAGCAGCACAGUAUAUAAAAUACAGAUAGGCCGGGCCGCUUUGUCUUUAAACAUGACAAUUAUGGCUAAAAAAGGCAACAAAAAUAAACUAGAGACCAUCUUGUAAUGGUGACAUGAUGACACACACACACACACACACACACACACACACACAAACAAACUCAUGAGGUGAAAAUUGUAGCUGUCGCAUUGUUGUCACACCUGGUAUUAAGUUUGCCGAUUUUGCCUCUCUCCAUAUUUGAAAUCACUUGCCAGUUGUUUACCCAGAAGUGACUGUUGUUUUUAAUGCAAUUUCAUGGUGAUUCGGUCCAUAGACCAGGGGAUGUCAAAUCACUAUACAAAAUUUUAUACUUCCAGCUUCCUUAUAAUCCAAUUAAUCAUAUAUCCACAUGUAUUUUGUAUUUAUUUAUUUUUUGCCGAAAAAAUGCCCUCCAAUAAAUAAUUAAAGAAAAGUAAAAUCAAACAUUGCCUGAAGAAAUUACCGCAAACUUAUUACAUCAUACGAUAAAAUCAUGACUGAAAAAAUGCUACUUUAAUGAAAUAAAUUGUGUGCAGAAUUUUACAAUCUUUCACCUACAAUUUAUAUAAUGGCAAGACUGUUUAGGGACCCCAAUAUGCAGAAAUAAUUUUGAAAAAUGGCAAUGUUCCUUUUUCCCUCACCAAAGUUUUGCGUAACUUUGGAGCAUUUUUUGGCCUCCUUUCCAGCAAAAUCUACAGCCCAGGGUGCCAGAUGAAGUCAGUAAACACAGUUGUUGGCUUUGGUCUCUGUACAGACAUGAUGGUACCAAACAUGGCAGCCUCACUGGGACGAAAAGACUUACUAAAAUACAUUUUUUACAUUUCAGUUCAUCUUUAGGUUAAACAAAUGAGAUAUAACCUGUUAAUAAGUGAGUCAGACUAGCUGCUUCUAGUCUUAAUGCUAAGCUAGGCUAACCACAUCCUGACCAAGUCUGUACUUUGACUCCAUGGAUAUCAAUCUCAUGUACAAGUCUUAACAUGAGAUUAAUAUCCAUCUGAACAUUGAACUAGCAUAAAUAAAGCACAUUUCCCAACAUGUUGUACUAGUCCUUUAAAUCAGUGACACUGCACUGUAACUGCAGAUGGGCAUUGAAAUAUUUGUAGCCAUUAAUGAGAUGACAUUCUCAGACACUAUCAUGCCCAUCAGUUUGAAGGUAAUUAUUGUGGGCAAAAUGACUGAUAGGACUGAAUGCUUCAUUCAGAAAGUAGCCCAAGUGGGCUAGUAGCAUAGUUACCAAACAAUGUGGAUGUCUCUGAUCUUCCAUAACAAUUUUCUACUUAAUUUACAAUUUCAUGCUUAUGCGGUCAGUGAGAUUGGACCAUUACCCAAUGAGUUUCUGUAAGGGUUUUAUGAACAGAGGGAUUUGUUUAAUAAUGAGUAAUUGUUAUGACAAAUUGCCUACUGGUGCACCUAACAGAUAAGUUCAUGUCUUCAUGUUUUUUUCUUUUUUAAAAAUAUAUUUUUAUAUGAUCAUUCAUAGAUGUCCAUGUCCAUCACUUCAUGAAAAAUCAUAUCUUUUUUAUGAGUCACAUUAGUUUUGUUGUGGAUGAGAUUUUUCUUUUGAUAAAUGUAGUUUUAAAUAAGGACAAUCAACAUGUUUUGGGAGAAUAAUUAGUGUGUAAGUAUUUUAGCAGUAUUUUAGAGUCAUUGCACAGCUUGCACUCAUUAUGUACCAUUAAACAACACACGUUGUACAGUUUUAGUUUCUUUACUGUAUAAAUGCUAUUUUUGUAUUUUGAUGAAUUUAACUAAUGUGAAUAUUCAACUCAGGCAUGUCAUGAAGGUCUUAAGGCUAUGUGACUAAUAAUACAAUGAUUUCUUUCUCUACCACCGUGUUGCAUGUGUGCUCAGUGAUAAUAUUAACCUCGCUCUGUAUAUAUCCAGCUGUCAUCUUGACCAGGACAGAGCUGGAAACUAUCUCAGCAAGCUUUGGGUGAUGCAGGGGACACUUGCACAGCUCACUAUUCUGUCACAACCAUUCACACUCCUAAUUCAGAAUUUCCAAUUCACCUACCCUGCUUGUAUUAAGACUGUGGGAGCAAACUGAUACACCUUGAGGAAGCAUAUACUCAGAACAUGCUUCACACAGAAAGGCUCCAGCUGUCCAGCAGAUUCAAACCCAUGAGACCUCUCGAUGUGAGGUGUAAACCAGGACCUCUCACAGGUGUUGCUAGGAAUGAGUCCUCUAUCACUGGAGUAGAGGCAUAAAUAUGUUUUGUGAGGUCAAAGUGACCUCGACCUUUAACCCCCAAAUUGUUAUCACUUCAUUGUUGCUUCUCAAUGGACGUUUGUGCAAAAUUUGAAAAGAAUUCAGUCGAGUUCUUUAGAUAUUGCAUACACGAGAAUGAGACAGAUGCAAGGUCACAGUGAUGUUUGAACACCAAUAUCUGAUCAGUUCAUCCUACUGUCAAAGUGGAUGUUCGUAUCAAAUUUGAAGGAAUUCCCUCAAGGCCUUGCUGAGA